AUGGUAACAUUGGCUUCAGUAAGGAUGCUGGUGUUCCCAUUUGAUGCAGUGACCUUCCCAUUUGAUGUGGAGGAUUUUUUGGGGACAUCAUUGGUGAUACCUCUCCAGGCUCUUGUGAUAACAAUGAUCAGUCACCCAUGUUUCACCUCUGUAGAGGAGAGUGAAGCUGAUGACUACAUUGUAGACCUGAAUCUUGGGAAAACCAGUAUCUCUGAUAUUCAGUCUCUGAGAGAGAUGGCUACUGAUCUAGAAGUGCUUGUCUACCUCCAGAGUCUUUCCCUUGAUGAUGGUCACAAUGUUGGCAUUCCUCAGGCCCCAGGGCCCUUUGUUGUUCCAAAUUUGAAGAAUAAAUUACUAGAGUCUCAGUACCAGAUCCUUACUGCCAGCCUUGUAGAUUUCAGCAGCUUAAAGGACCUUAUCCAAAAUGCAGAGGUGAAACCCAAGCUACAAUACAUUGUCUCCAAUCCUUCCUUUUCUAUGGUAACAGUUCCAAGUGAAGAUAGUGGAAUAACUUGGGAAACCAGCUCAAGCAGAUGUUCCGCUCCAUGGGCCUCUGAAGCUAGUACUACUUCUUAUCUUUAUAGUCUGGAACGUUCAUCUGUAGGUUCUCCUCCUGGGAAAGUUAUCUUUAUCAUGGAUGAAGGUAAGACUGUCCGGAAAAAGAUAUGUAGAUCAUCCGAUAGGACACUCUUGCGUUCAAACCUGAAGGAAGGCCAGGGUAGUAAAAAGCGUGACUUCUCUGGAGUGCAAGACUUAAGUGUUACCCCAGUAAAUGAUACAGAGUUAAGUGCUGCUGAACCAGAAGCAAAAGCUAUGGAAGUAGAAACUUCAAAAGAUCCAGAAGAUCCAGUAAACAUUACAGAGGAACCAACCCCACUCCUCUCAAAGUCAAUGGGCAAAGAAAAUAAACAGAAGAAGGGAGGGCCAGACCCUGGAGGAUCAGUAUGGGCUAGAAUUCAAAAGUUCAAUUCGAUUACAGAAGAAGCAACACCCCCAAAACUGUUCCGAAAGACACGUAGUAAAGAUCCACCCAUACUAUCAGAUACAAAAAGGGAGCAAAGACAGCACAAGGGAUUCUUAAAACAAAGCCUUUCUUCCCCCUCUUCAGUGACUCUUGAAAAAGCUUCUGCUGCUAGGAAAGAUGCUUCACUUCCCAAUAUAAAACAUGGCCAACUGACUCCUGGAUCUAAGAAGUUUUCAAACUCUAGUGUUCCUCUUGACAAUCCUGUGGAAAAAGAAACAGAGUCUCCAACUAAGACUCCAAGAGAGACAUCAGAGCAGUCACAGUCCAUUUCACCCUGCCUUACAGAUGAAGGGGAUAAGCAGGAAGUUCCCACAUGUUCACCUACAGCCAUAAACUCAGUAUUAGAACCAUCAGUGCCUGUUCCAUUAGAUCCUACUGAUAAAGCUGAGAAACAAGAAAUGCGGCCAGCUCCAGUUGAGACUAUAAUUGAGACGUCAGACCAGUCGCUACCUGUUACAUCAUGCCUAACUGAUGAAGUAGGGCAGCAAGAAAUUCAGCCUUAUUCAUUCAUGACCACAGAGCCCAUUUCAGCAGAAUCUGUAACUGAAUCAGAGCAGCAAACAACUCAAGCUUACUCAUCUGUAGCUCCAGAAUAUGUGUCUGACCAUUCUGUUUCAUUACAUCUUGUGGAGGAGGCAGAAAAGCAAGAAAGUCAGUCUUACUCACCCAUGACUACACAGUCUGAGUCUGAACAUUCAGUUUUAUCUGAAACAAGAAAGCAGGAUGUUGAUCCUUAUUCAUCCACCACUGCAGAAUCAGAGCUGGAUCAUGGAGUUUUAUCCCAUUCUGUGGAUGAAGUGGAGAAGCAAGAAAUUCAGUUUUAUUCACCUCUGACUACACAAUUGGAGUGUGAACCUCCAGAUGUAUCAAAUUCUUCUGAUGAAACAGAGGAGCAAGAGACCACACAGUUAGAGUCUGGACAUUUAGAGAAGCAAGUUAUUCAGCCCCGUUCCCCUGUAAUUACUCAGUCAGAGUCUGAACAUCCAUAUUUAUCAGAUUCAAUUGAGGAAGCAGAGGAGCAAAAAAUUAAGUCUUAUUCCACUACAACUGAGCAACUGGCAUCUGAACAGUUAGAUAGAUCAUGCCCUAUCGAUGAAAUGGAAAUACAAAAAAGUCAGUUUGCUUCACAGGUAACUUCAGGGCUCUGUGAGUAUUCCAAUUUAUCUGAUUCCUGUGGCAAAGAAGAGAGAGAAGAAACUGCCCAACUAGAGUCUAAACAUUUGGAGAUGCAAAAUUCGGGAUUCCAGUCUCCUGUAACUAAGCAACGGGAACUGGAUGUUCAAAAAUUAACAUGCCUCGAUGAAGCAGAGGAACAAGAAACCACACAAAUGGAGUCAGAACAGCCAAAUUUAGCACAUUCCAUGAAAAAAACAGAGUAUGGAGUUAUUCAGCCAUGUUUACCUAUAGCACAGUCAAAGUUUGAACAUUUAGACUUGGGUGAAACAGAUUUAGAAGAAGUUAAACCUUAUUUACCCAAAACUACAGCAAUGGAAGAUAAGCAAGAAGUCCAAGCUGAUUUAUUGAACACAAAAUAUUUGUCAGAACAGUUAAGUGCUCAUUCUCCAAGCCUCGUUGCUGAAAGUAUUCAGCAGGAAAUGCUGCCUGGUAAGCAGGAAAUGAUAAAUCUGGUUUCAGAAGAGUCAAGUACAACUAUUAAGGAAAUGGGUGAACAAAAUAUUCCGUUUAAUUCACUUGCAAAUCCUGAUACAUGGCUGGAAGAGUCCAAGUCUUAUUCGCUUGGUUUCUUUGAUGAAGAAGAGAAACAAAAUAUUCCAUCAUCUUUGCCUGACCUAGUAAGCAUGUUGGUGCAGCAGUCAAAAAUCGCUUCAGUCAGUUGUAAUGAAGAAACAAACAGACAUGAAAUGAAGCCUUAUUCAGAUGGCACGGAAGAUGUGUCAUUGGAGCAAUCAACAGGUGGUUCACCAGACCUUCUUGAUGAAAGAGCGAUGCAAAAACAUCAGCCUUCUUCAGCUGAAGUGGACAGCUUUGCUUCAGCAGAGACAAUAUCCACUUUACUUAGCCCUUUUAUUAAAACACAGAAUCUAGAAAUGCCAUCUUAUUCUGCAGAAGCAGAAGAAACCCAGUCUUCAUUGAAUGUAGAGGAAGCAUCAAAAGAACCUGAACAUGAUCUACAAAGGGAAGAGGAAUUAACACACCAUAUGAAGUCUGAAGUACAAUGCAAGUGCGCUCCAGAACUUGACAGUCAAAAAGAUAUGUUUAAUAUAAUUUCAGAAGGUUACGAAAUAUUGAAUAUUCAUGUUCCCCCAGUCAUUUCUUCCGUUGAUCAAGAAGAAAGCAAACACAUGCCUGAUAAGCUGGAAUAUUUGGAAACAAAUACCUUAUUGAAAAGACAGCUAGUUGACUAUAGUGAUGAUACAGUUGCUGGCCAUGAAGCUUCAGUAUGUGGAACAACUACAGAAAUUUCAGAAAGCUCAGUGGCUAGUGACACUGGAAGUCAAGAUAAUGAACAAAAAGAACUGGUCAAAAAUGAAGAUGCUCCGGAAGCCGUAGAAACAAAAGAGGAAAUUUCAAAAAGGAUAGAAAAUAAUAGUGAGACUGCUUUGAAUCCUAAUAACAGUAGCAAUGAUAUGGAUUAUUUUGAAAAAUAUACUCGGAUUGAUGACAAAUCUCCUACUGAGUCAUCUCCUCAGGAACUACACUCAUUUCCUGGAAUGGAAAGUCCUAAGGAACCAAUGGGAGAAGCUGUCUCUUUAAAUGAAAGUUCUGAUGUUAAUACUUUGGAAGAUGGUUAUUCCCUAUUUAAUUAUCUGGAUGAAGCCUUUUAUGGAACUGUGGAAGAAGACAACAAAAUACGGUCAUGUGCAGAUGUUCAGAAAUCUUUUCCUAAGCAAAAAUCCGUUGACAUUAGCAGUAAAAAAAUUGUAAACGUAGAAGAUGAACGAAAGUCCACAGGCACACCCUUGUUUGAUACAGAAGAAGGAGUGUUAGAACGAUCCCUGUUAUUUCCCACAUCAGUCACCAUGAUAAACCCAGAGCUUCUAGAAGAGCCACCUGCUCUCUCAUUUUUAUACAAAGACCUGUAUGAAGAAGCAGUGGGAGAAAACAUAAAAGGUAACAAUGAACCUCCUUCCGAUGAAGAAAGUAUGAAUUCUGAUGCAUCGUUUCCUAGUAGGAAUUCUGACACAGAUGAUGGAACUGGAAUAUAUUUUGAAAAAUAUAUUCUUAUAGAUGAUAUUCCAAGUAAUAUGGCUGGGUUUCAGAAGGAGCAAAUUCCAAAAGAUCAGUCUAGUAGCAAAGAUAUUUCAAGCCAAAUGACAGUUUUAGAGGACAGAAGUGAGGGUGUUUGUGAGGCAGUUGAAAAGGAGUCGCAAUCUGUUCACAUUUCAGUUGAAGAGUCUGCCAAAAUGUCAGAAGGAGAAAUAGUGGAGAGAGAGACAGAUGUAUUGAGAAAAGAAGAAGCCCAGAUUGUUAGUGAUAUUAAAGCAACAAUUUGUAAACCAACUUAUGCAAUUCCUUUUGGAAGCAAACUAAAUAUUUCAGAUGCUAGAAAUGAUGUUACUCAUCAAAGAAGAGAAGAAGAAAAUACACCUGCAGAAGCUAACCAGGAACUGUCAAGUCAAACAAGUCAUCAAGAGUCCAGUCAAGUAGUAGAUUCUGAGGAAACUGCCCAUCAAGAUGAAGCAUCUGUGCUAAAUAAAUCAAAGGAAGUAACUUACCUGACAGAUGAGCAGAAAAAGCAACAUGAAAUAACAGUUCACAAAAUGGAUAAUGAUUUACCUCAUGGCAGAACACCAGCUGACGGGAGUAAAGGCAAUCAGUAUGUCCAAGAAAAUCUCUCCCAUCUUGAAACUCUUCAACAAACAGAGAAACUAGAGAAAGAUGGGUUAAUUUCACAUUUAGAUAAGCAACUGCAUCCCACGACAAGGGAGGCACAUGCUUUAGAGUACAAUCACCUUGAAAAUAUGAACAAAAAAAAAGUCAGAGGAGAAAAUCUAAUAGGCACAGAUGAGCUGGCACAUGAGCAAAGAGGCCAAAGAAAGGUUACAGAUGGUAUAGCACAGCAUGACCUAGGAAUAGCUAAGUGUGGACUUUCAGAACCAGGAGUAAGAUCUGAUUAUGUGUUAGGUGAAUCAGACACACAGCCCUUUCCUUGCAAUCUAGAUAACCUUCAGCCCAGUUCAGGAGCAAAGCAGUGCUUUGGUGCUUAUGAAGAUCUUGCUGAAUCAAUGGAUUAUGAAGUGAUUAACCAAGAAGAAUUGCAAGAUGAAUUGUCCUCUGAAUUGGCACAUGAAGAAUUAUUAUUUGAAGACAGGGAAUCUUCUGAGCAUAUUAGUGAUAGUUAUGAAUUUGUAAAUGAGGCAGAGCAAGUUACACCCACUGACCGUGAAGAUUCAGGGUUUGUGAUGAUGGAGCCUGAACAAUCAUCAGCAGACAUACCUGAAAGUGAGAGUCCACAAAAAGAAAUGAAGAAGGCCCAAAUUGAUACAUAUUGCUACCAGUGCAGAUGCCCUAUUUCUGCUAUUGACAAGCUUUUUGGGCAGCAUAAAGAGCACAAUGUGACAUCACUAGACACUGCUGCAAAUGAGAUCAAGGAUCAAUUAGAUGAAUUUUUGGUGGCAUUACAAGAAAAGUCACUGAAAAUUGAGGAAUUUGUUAGUGAGAUAGAAUCCCUAUUUAAUUCUGUUGAGGAAAACUGUAAGAAAAGUGAACGGGUUUUAGAAGAUCAAAAUGAAGACAUGGUUAAGAAAGUGACAGCGCAAUAUGAUGAGAAGUUAGAGAACUUUGAGGAGGUGAAGAAGAUGAAAAUGGAAUAUCUCUAUGAACAGAUGGUUAACUUUCAACAGAUUAUUGAUGCUGCCAAGGAGGCUUUGGGUACAACUGUAAGGGAAACUGAAGAACUUGAUGAGGCUAGUUUCCUAAAUUCAUCUAAAGAAAUGAAUAAAAGGUUGCUUUCUGCCAUGGAUAAUACUCUUUCUUUAGAAAAGAUGCCCAGUGCUUUUUCACUUUUUCAACAUUAUGCUGACAGUUCAGUACAAAGUGAUCAGAAGACCUUAAACCUCGUGCCUGUUCCACAGACUCCAAAAUUAAAACCUCAGGAACCAAACUCAGCUACUAGCACAUCCGUAGCGGUCUACUGGACUGUGAAUGAAGGAGACAUUGUUGACUACUUUCAGGUCUACUGCAUGGAGGAACCUCAAGCAAACAAAGAGGGAAGUGCCUUGGUGGAAGAAUACAGAGUUACAGUGAAGGAAAGUCACUGUAUCUUGGAAGACCUUGAGCCAGAUCGCUGUUAUAGUGUAUGGGUUAUGGCUGUGAACUACACAGGAUGUAGCUUACCCAGUGACAAAUACACUUUUAAAACUGCUCCUUCAACCCCAAUAAUAAAGGCAGAGGACUGCACCGUGUGUUGGGACACAGCCACCAUCCGAUGGAGUUCAGCCAACUCGGAAGCAACAGAGUCUUUCACGCUGGAAUACUGCAGACAGUAUUCCCCUGAAGGGGAGGGUCUUAGAUCUUUCGCUGGAAUAAGAAGACCUGAACUGAAAGUUUACCUGCAGCCCAAUGUGAAUUAUUUCUUCUAUGUGAGAGCUGCCAAUUCUUUUGGGACAAGUGAACAAAGUGAAGCUGCCCUCAUUUCAACUAAAGGAACUAGAUUUCACUUUCUCAGUGACACCGUUCAUCCUGCUUUGCAAGUGUUGUCUGAUGAAAUGGUGAUAUGCCUUCCCAAGAAAACUAAAUUCAUUGGGAUUCCAUCUGUGCUGGGUGAGCAGCUGCCGGCUCGGGGCCUCCAUUACUGGGAAACCACUACCAGUGCCUGCAGUAGCUACAGGAUUGGAAUCUGCUAUAGCUCCACACCCCAAGGCAGCAUCCUGGGCCUGAGUGACUCGUCUUGGUGCAUAUAUUGCUGUUCUGCUCACACAAGUUUCAUCUAUAAAUUCUUCCACAAUGGUAUAAUGAGUACCGUUCAUGUGACAGAACCACCAACCAGGGUUGGCAUUCUGCUGGAUUAUGAUGUUGGGAGACUUUUAUUCUUCAAUGCAGAGAGAGGACUUGUGCUGUUCUCCAUCAGGCACAAAUUUACUGAGGAUGCUCACCCUGCCUUUGUUCUGGAAAAGGCUGGAGUACUUAAUGUACACACUGGAAUGGAGCUGCCAGGGUUUGUGGAGCACAGCUAACCACUUGUUUUCAAACUGCCUGGAACACAAACAAUUAUUAGAUUUGGGGAGAGGGAGGGAAGAAAGGACAGGACCGGGUUGAGGGAUUUCUGUUUUUCUCUUAAUGAUAUUGUGCACGCUUUCCUAUACUUCCCAUACUUGUAGUUAGCACUUGUAUACACAAAUGCCAUGACCACAAGAGUAUAAACUUCCUUUUGUGUAGUGUGUCAUUUGUAAUAUGCAUUGAGUCAUUUCAGGGAAAAAAAAAAGAUUAGUAUUAAACUUGAACAAUAGGGGUGGAGAGAAGUAAAUUCAGGAACAGGACCUACAGUCAUUACUAGACAGAAAAUAAUCAUGGUACUAGCUGAAUACUUUUAAGCCAGUGAUGGUCGUCUUUAUGAAAUAAGUGUGUGUCACUGAAAUGUCAAGUGACUUUUCAGCAAAAUGACGGCAACUGAACAUUUCUCAGGAAAUAAUAACUAAAAUCCAAGGCAAAUCAUUUCAAGACUUUGAAACUAUUUUUACAGUGGAAACGUUUAAUGGGUUAAUGCAUCUUGUGCUGAUAAAGGGAUAUUUCCCUUCAAAUAUUAAAACCAAGAAAAUGUUGAUUUUUAGCCAUCUGCAUUUCUGCUGAAUAGGUGGAAAACUGAAAAAUAACAAAUAAUAUAAAUAGUGGGAUAAGAAGGCAAAGAGGUGUUUUAAUUUGGCCAAGCCAGCACAGUAAGGGAAGUAGAUAAACUCAGGUUUCCCUUGGUCAGUUUAGGUCAGAGAACUGUGUUUCAAUUCACUUUACAAAUUAUUGGGUGGCUUCUUCCACUGCUACUCCAGUGGCCAUAUUCAUUAGUGAUGGUGCCAGUGAAGCCACGGGAAUAUCAGGCAUGGAUUCAUGUGAAGGGAGAGCAAGCAAUGUUGCCUACCCUUCUGGUUUCUACUGAAGGUGGCGUGUGUUUCCUCUAACAGGCUCCCUCCUGAUCUCAGUUAAACUACUAUGUCCUCCCUGGAGUUAGUGGAGUUCCACAUGUCUGAGAGGGGUUGCUUUUAAAGCUAGUAUUUAAAUGAAUUACAAUUAAGGCUUCUGCUUUUCCUGGUCACAGUAGGUAGUCUGCUACUGUUGUUUAAUUUGUUUAUCAUUUUAACAGCACUAUGCUAGAUGUUUCAGACCACCCUAGCGAUACAUGCUUCAUGUCCCAGAGCCUUUAUUUUCUGCUUUUAGGAUAGACAUGAGUAGAGGUAACAAAUAAUAAGGGCUGAAUGGUACAAGGAAGGGUGAGGUGGGAUACUAAGAGCAAACAGUCAUAUAAUUUAAGCCUAUGCAUCUCUUUAUAGUUAAAAUGCCUUACUUUUCUUUUAUUAUUAAAAAAAAAGACUAGUACUGACUCAUUGAGGAUUGAAACUGAAGGAGGUCCAUAGGUUGUAUUGGCUUGAGGAAAAGAAUAUUUAAUGAGAAUAUGGGGGAUAGUGGGGAAAAAGGCCUGGGAUGGUUUCAAGAGAAACCAUCAUUAAAGGGGCAUUAAGGAUAAGUUUAUUGUCAGAGCUGGAGAGGAGGAGGCUGAAGGCAGUUGGGUAUACUAUGGUACCGAAUCCUAAAUAGGGUAAGUGGUGGCAGGCUAAGAGGCUAGGUCAGAGAUGAGGCAGUGCGCAUCCCUAAAUCUCCCAGAAUUUCCAUGAUUCCAUUGGAGGUUUGAACACAUGCAGAAAGCAGGGCUGGGCUUGAAACUGAAUCUAAGAAUCCCAGUUCUGGUGGUUUUUCCCAGUUUCUGGUGUCUCCAUUGUCCUAGUCUAUUUGCUGGUGCCUGCCUGCUGGUUGUCUGUGUGAAACUGCCUGCUGGUACCCAGUGUGGAACUAACUGAUUGACACUAACAGACUGUAUGGCCAAGCAGGCACUGGGGAUUGAGAUGAACUAGGAUGACAUGAACAUAUAGGUAUGGCUUUUUCAUCAGAGACUAAAACUUCCAGUAAGUUUGGUUUGUUUCCCAGGAAUAUUUAUGAGGAAACAGUGGAUUAAAAUGGAAAGCCAAAGCCAAAAAAACCAUACAUUGUUAUACAGCUAGUUCUAUGUAAGUGCUUUUUAGACAAAUAUACCUUGUACAGAAAUAUUUCUGUUUCUGCAGGAGAACUACUACCGGAUAGUGCUUUGCUGACACUUUUACAUAUACUUCUUUAAUGGUCAGCUUGAUCUCAGAUGCACACUUGCAUAAUACCAAGAAAUGGAAUGUAUUUAUAGGGCUUGAUACAUUUUCUGCCCAAAAUGUUUACCGCAUCAGAGUUUUGCCUCCUUUUUUCUGAAAAGCUAUACCUUUCAAAGGUCCCAGAGAGUGGCCUGGAGUUGACCCUGAGUGGUGUUUAGCUCUGUACUUUUGUUCUUGGUUUGCUCCUGUUGGAAAACAGAAGAUCUGGAGCAUUUUUCCAGGGUAACAUAUUCCAAAACAUUUCUGUAAUAAUCAACCCAGAUGAUCCCAUUGCAUUCAUAGUAUAUCCAGAGCUGUCUGCUUGCCUCAGCCUUUAUAUAUAAAAUAUAGUGUAAACAAUAGCUUUUUAAGCUGUGACUCUUCUUGGUAGAUAUGGGGCCAAAUUCUGCUUGAGUUAAAUCUGUUUAUACAAGAGCAGAACUUAGCCAUAUGGAGUCAUAAAUUAAUAAAGUCUUUAUGCUCACCCACAUACUUGAUGAAAUCCCAACUUUACUGUAAUCGAUGACAGAACUCUGUUGACUUCACUGGGGCCAGAAUUUCACCAGUCUCCAUCUUUUUUCUGUGACAGGUCUGAAUAAACUUAAUUCACUAAGGAAUUAAGUAUAAAGUGGUACAAAUCGGUAUUAUAAAAAUAUGUGAAAAAUAAUAUAUUUAUAAAAUUGCUUCAAAACAGUGUGUGACAGAAUAGUAAAUAUAUAUUGGAAAGGAGAAAUGGUGAAAAGUAUAUUUCAUUAAAAUAUAUUUUAAUUUGGCUUAUAUACAUUUUUCUUUGCAUCAGUCAGGAAAUAUCUAUGACAAGCAAGGAACAAAGUAUA